GAAAAUCUUACAAUCGACAAAGGUCUAACGCGACGAGAAAUUACUACAUUUCUUAACCAUGCCGUCAAUCUGGGUUGCUAUGUAACAAAUCUAACUGGACCUACAAAGUCUGAACUGGAACUGGUUGUGUACACCUGGAAAAAGCCGAACAAUGAUACUGUCAGGAAGUCUUCACGGGCAGAAAUUCGUGCGAACGUUCUGGUGGUGACACCAAAGUCCCCAGAGGACUUUGGAAUGUACGAAUGUAACGUCACGAAGGGAGCGUCAAGUACUCGAUGUAGAAUCUUAUUGAUAAGAGGAAUGAAGUAUACUGGUGAGUAUACAAAACAAGCGUCUUGGAUACUGAAUAAACACUGCCUUCUUGGACAACCCAAUUCUCAGUGACACAAAUCUAAUUUUUUUUAUUCACAAUUUAAACUAUUACGAAUCCCAGGUUCUAUUGUACCCUUUGAGAACUUCUUCAACAGUUUUUUCACGAUACUAUUUGCUUGUCAAUAUUUCAGUUUUAAAUGAAAUUUGGGAUAAACUUGAAUGUGAAUGUUUGAUUUCAUACUGUUGAUUAAUGGCUUUUUGUUAUGCAUUUCAGGAAGAAAAGGGUGUGUCAAUAUUUCUGUUUUGAUGCCUGUUUUGGCUGUAGCAGUGCUGUCUGCCCUGUUAUUCGUUCAUCUCGUUAUCAGACGAAAGGAGCCUAAAAUACUCAGCCAAAAACGACGAAAAUCUACCAUAGGUCUGGACCAUCCUCAUGCCGAACAACGCAGAAAGUCCAGGAAUUUACUGUACAACAGUUAUAAUGAUGAAACAGCAAACAAUAAUGAAAAGAAGCAAGACAUUGUCUCCACAGAGAUGCAGGUGACAAAUGAUUACACCAGCGCACCAAAACCGCAGGAGCCGGAGCCAGAGCCGAAACCUAGUGAAGAACGCAGGCGCGAACGAAGAUCUGGUUUUUCCAAUAAAUCUUUUCGAGAUCUCUCCAUAGAACUCGAUGACGCGGAAAUUGGAUCUCAGGUAUCAGACGAAUCAAAAACUUCCAACGACAAAAGCGGUUUUUACAACAAGAUCUUCAAAAGCGAUUCCAUUGACGAGAGCGAUGGCGAAGUCUUUUCCCAAACAACGGAGGAAGCAGUCUCAGUGGACAAACCUAACAAGGGUAAAGGCAAAGGUUUUUUGAAUAAAGCCUAUCAUUCGGAAUCUAUGGAUCUUAAUGAUGGUGACGCACAAGCUGCCACUGUUAGUUCUGUCAUGGAUGCAUUUUCCAACCAAGGAAUUAAAACGGAGUCUGUCGAUGUUCACAUUGCAAAAGAGAAAGAGAAAGUUCCAAGUGCAAAGGAGCCGAUUUAUGAUGAUAUACCUAUUGCUGAUACAUACUUCUGA